AUGGAGGAGGAAGCUGGGGAGGAACCUGGGCUAGACAGGUCUACUGCCCCUAAGGACUUCCACUUUUAUAACAUGGAUCUGUAUGACUCUGAAGACAGAAUGCAGAUCAUUCCACAAGAAAACACUAGAAUGAGAAGAGAAGUAGUCCAAGCUGAAAUGACCAAGGACCCAAGAGGGCCAGGGGAAAGGAAGAUUCAAAGAGACCUUCAAGAGGAAGUGGAUGAUCUUGUCCAUUUAUAUGGACUUGAAGAUGAACAGGAGUUAGGGGAUGAGUUUGUUGAGGAAAGCAGAAUGGGAGUUUCUGGAUAUCUUCCUUAUGGUAUGAAGAGGAGAGACCCAACUAGGGAGCAGAGAGACUGGAGACUUGGAGGAGAGGCAGCUGAGGCUGAGGACCUGGGUUAUGAAGGGUGGGGCUUGGCUGGCCAGUGCCAGGACUUGCGGGAAGCCUACAGGUAUGCCCAUGGCCGUGCCAGUGAAGAGUACGAAUGCUACGUUAUCCCAGAGGAGGAAGACGAGGAAGAAGCUGAGGAUGUUUUUUGUGUCACUUGCAAAACUCCAAUCAGAGCUGUUGAGAAGGCUUUUGAUGAACACAAGGAGCAUGAAGUGACCCCUCUCAAUAAAGCACUGGAAAGUGCCAAGGAUGAAAUUCACAAAAACAUGUACAAAUUGGAAAAGCAGAUUAUUGAGAUGGAAAAUUUUGCAAGUCACUUGGAAGAGGUUUUCAUCACCGUGGAGGAGAAUUUUGGAAGACAAGAACAAAACUUUGAGUUACAUUACAAUGAGAUCUUGGAAACGCUGGCUCAAAAAUAUGAAGAAAAAAUACAAACUCUAGGGCAGAAAAAGAAAGAGAAGCUGGAAGCCUUGUAUGGACAACUGGUCAGCUGUGGAGAGAACCUUGACACCUGUAAAGAACUGAUGGAAACAAUAGAGGAGAUGUGUCAUGAGGAGAAGGUUGAUUUCUUAAAGGAUGCAGUGGCUAUGGCUGACAGACUUGGGAAAUUCCUAAAAACCAAAACAGAUGUGGAAAUCUCUGCACAGCCUGAUUUUGAAGACCAGACUUUGGACUUCUCUGAUGUGGAGCAGCUGAUGGGAUCCAUUAACACCAUUCCAGCUCCUUCUGCUCCAGUGAUAAAUCCACAGGCCCCCAACUCAGCUACAGGUUCCUCGGUCCGGGUGUGCUGGAGCUUAUACUCUGAUGACACUGUGGAGAGCUAUCAGCUAUCCUACCGGCCAGUGCAAGACAGCUCACUUGGAAAGGACCAAGCAGAGUUUACAGUGACCAUCAAAGAAACAUAUUGCUCAGUGGCAAACCUUGAACCAAAUACCCAGUAUGAAUUUUGGGUCAUUGCUCAGAACAGAGCUGGCCCCAGUCCUUCCAGCGAGCGUGCAGUAUACAUGACAGCCCCAUCUCCUCCCAUUAUAAAAAGCAAAGAGAUAAGGAGCUGUGAAGAGGCUGCAUUCAUUUGCUGGGAGUCUGGGAAUCUGAAUCCUGUGGACUCAUACACAGUGGAGCUGACCCAAGCAGAAACACCAGAAGCCUUGGGAGUAACUGAGUCUGUUGUGGGCAUCCCAACCUGUGAGUCCCUGAUACAGCUACAGCCCAGGCAGUGCUAUAUCAUCUACGUGAGAGCCCUCAAUGUUGGGGGUCCCAGCGCCAGGAGUGAGCCUGCUACAGUCCACACCACAGGAAGCUACUUUCACCUGAACAAGAACACCUGCCAUUCCUGGUUGACCAUUUCUAAAGAUGGGUUUACAGUGGUGCGAAGUGAAAGGAAAAUCCUUACAAGAGAGCUGCUACCCAGCAAGACCCAGUUUACCAGGUGUGUUGCUGUCAUGGGAAAUCUAAUUCCAGUCCGAGGGCGCCACUACUGGGAGGUGGAGGUGGAUGAGUGUUUGGACUACACAGUGGGUGUGGCUUUUGAAGAUGUCCCUAAGCAGGAAGACCUGGGAGCAAACUGCUACUCCUGGUGCAUGAGGCACACAUUUGCAUCAUCAAGGCAUAAGUAUGAAUUUCUGCACAACAGGACAACUCCAGAUAUACGAAUAACAGUUUCCCCGAAGAAGAUUGGCAUUCUAUUAGAUUAUGAAAAUUCAAAAUUGUCAUUUUUCAACGUAGACAUUUCUCAACAUCUAUACACAUUCAAUUGUCAGCUUCACCAAUUUGUACAUCCCUGUUUUUCUUUGGAAAAGCCAGGGUGUCUAAAGAUACAUAAUGGCAUUUUAAUGCCAAUGCAUGUCACUUUCUAUUAG